UCAGAUCAUAACAAAAUGUUAAAUUCUCGUUCCAGUUUCUAUGACGGGUUUGAAGAAUCAGGUGGAGUCAAGGUUUUUGGGAAUCUGUUCUGUGCAGCAGCAGAGAGAGAACAACAGACAGGAGAGAAGAUACUGGAGCUGUUAUCAUCAGUGUGCAGAUAUCAAUCAUUCCCUUUUAAAGAAGAAUACUUGGAUGAUGACGAUGAUGAUGAUUUCAAGGGUUAUCAGAGUGGUUUCCUUCUGGAUCUGUGCUCCCACCUGAAGGACUAUGAGACUAAAACAGGCUUGAGGGUCCUUCCAUCAUUACAGUCAGUUUUCCAGUCAGCUCCUGCAGUCUGGUCCAUAAACCUCUCAGAGAGAAAGACCUCCAUCCUCCUGGAAGUGCUGAAACUCCAACCAGAGAAGAAACCAGUGGAGCUGACAGGCUGCUCAGAUGAAGAGAGUGAAGUGAGGAGUUUCCUACAGUGUCUGCCUUAUAUCUCACAGCUCAGCUGUGAUCCAGAGUUCUUCCAGAGUCUGUGUGCAGUCAUCUCUGUAAGAUCCAGAGAGGCAGAGCAGUUGGCCUCUGUGCUGCAGCUCCUGGGCUUCACCCUGCUGUUAACAGGAGAGUUACACAGGAAAACCUGCAGGUCUGUGGGGAGGGUUCUCAGACUCUGUGGCUCUGAUGUGGAUCUGGUCCUCACACCCAGAAAGAUGUCUGUCAGAGGAGCCUCCCUCCUCUUCAGCUGUACAACACAACUCCACAGUCUGAGGCUUUCCAGCGACAUGGCCUUGCUACUGUGUCGAUGGGUGAGAAGAGGGAGAGCGGCCUGUCCGUUGGCUGUUGAAGAGCUUUCUCUGGCCCCUCAGAAAGCCCGACCAUCAGACAGAGUGCUGUUGAAGGUCGUCAGUAGUUUGGCGUCCCUGCUGAGAUCCUGGGCAGUCAGACGGUUGGACCUGACUGAGUUCUGCGUCCCUGCUCGGGGUCUCAUUCCUCUGCUGCUGCACGACGGUCCUCUAACCAUCAAACUGAGUCAGGAGAUUUUCCAGCAGCUCCUCUCCCUCCUCCAUGAAGUCCAGGACGAGGUCUUGACCCGGUCCUUCUUGAGUAAGGUUGGUGGAGACCUGAGCUCCUGCUGUCUGAACUGGGAGCUUCUUCACUAUCUGCUGCAGUCGUCAGCUCAGACCAUCGCUGUGAACCUGAGGAAGAACCUCUUCUUACAGGAGAGCGUCACACGUCUGCUUCCCUUUCUGGACAGGAUUGUAUUUAAAAGGCCCAGUCCCGGCUUUGUGUUGACUGCCAUCAGAGAGAUCUAUAAAGCUCGUGCCAGUCCCAUUAUACCCAGUUUACUGAGGUCACUGGAUCAUGUGAUCAACCUGACCUGCAGAGAGAUGGACUCUGUGGACUGUGCUGCUCUGCUCUUCACCCUCAAACACAGUGACAGAGUUAAACUGAACCUCCAGUGGACCUCCAUACCAACAGGGGACACAGAGUCCAUCCUCUUUACGCUGGACAAAGUUUCUCAGCUCAGUGUGGACAGGAACCUGCUGCUGAGGCUGGUGCACUGCUGUGCUGCCUCUGACGCCCAGCAGGGGCAGCAGUCGGCCUGCUCAGGACUGUGCAGCACAGGCUGGAUCUGUCCUGCUCCUCCUGUGUGGAGCUGCCAGAGGAGGAUCAGAGCGAGACUCUCAGUCUGACCGGUGAGGACUGCGGGGCCGUCUCCGCCAUCCUGAGACGCAGCGUCCGGGACACACAGCUCAACCUGCAGGACUGCGAGGUGGAGGACAGCGGACUGGACCUGCUGUUUCCUGUCCUCCGCAGAGUCCGCCU